CCCACAUCCUCCUCCAUCCGCCUUUGCCUUGCAGCAGCCUUUUGCUCAUCUCCUCUCGUUUAUACAUAUACCCCCGACUGCCACAGCCGCCGCGGCUUCUUACACGUUCUAUGAUCUCUCCUCUUUUUGUCAUCCUAUUUUCCUCGCUUUUUGGAUAUUGUCUCUCUCGUCUCAGUUUUGGCAUUCUAUUCAACCGUUGGUCUCCUGUCGCAAACAUUGUAUCCCUCGAGAGACUUUCAACGAAAACUUGUACAUAGCUACGAGUCUCACUACUUACCGAUCUUUUCAAUUACCCUGCCGAUCCGUACGAUUUCUUCAAAGGACUUGAAUGGCCACACUCCGUCGCGGCCAGGCCUUAGGCCUUGCUAUCUCCAUCAUCGCCAUAUAUUUCCUCUUCUUCGCCGGAUCCGACUCAGGAACCGACUUUCGAAGAACCACUGAGGCGUCCUUGUCGCUACGUCGCGGCGUGUUACGUGGCUCUCUCUCCGACGCUGACCUGACGGCGCAGACGAACCGAGAAUUACAGAGGAUUCUCGACCUGCAAAGGGAAGCACUAGACCAGAAGGCUUUGAGAGCCGACCGUCCGACGCCUGGCUCGCCUGCAACGCCAGCGGUCGCCGCCGCCGCAGCCGCCGCCGACGAGGCAGAAGAAGAGGAAGCGGAGCAAGAGCAGGAUGUCGAGAAUAUUCCAGUCGCCGGCCGAAAGAUCAUGCCUGUAUUCAAGGACAAGCCUCAACAACCCGUCGCCGAGGAUACAGAUACACGAUCGCAGCUUGAUGAUGACGAUGACGACGCGGGUUCGAUCGUUAAGACGCCCCAGCUGGCCAAGCCCAAAGAUGAUGCAGACGAGAUUGCAAGAGAAGAACUACAGGCUAUUCUGAAGAAGAGUCCAAUCAUCAUCUUCUCCAAAUCCUAUUGUCCGUAUUCGAAACGUGCCAAAGCACUUCUACUCGAGACCUACACCAUCAUUCCCACACCCUACGUCGUGGAACUCGACCUGAUGAACGAACCUGUCUCGAGCCCGGUACCCAAAUCCGAAGAAGGUGAAGAAGUUGAAGAAGAUGAAGAGAGCCAAUCCAGUACCAGCGACUCGACACCACUGCCGCCCACGCUUGGUCGGAAACUCCAAGACCUUCUCGCUAGUCUCACUGGCCGCAGGACGGUGCCCAAUAUCAUGGUCAAUGCCCAAAGUAUCGGUGGCUCAGAUGAUAUUGUUAGGAUGCACGAGGACGGCACUCUCGAGGCCGCCAUCAAAAGGUUGGGUGGCAAAAGGAUCGUCAGUGUCGAAAAGGCCAAUAAAGCCAACUCAGGCCAUUCAUAUCCUUGAAUUAGGACAGUCUAAACGUUCGCGCAUCACCUCGAUUUUUCACUUUUCUGUCGACCAAUGUUGAUGUCAACGCACCGCCACAUUCGGCGCCUGCACGGCCAGGAUCAACGGCCCCCAACAUUUAUCAACAUGGGCAUUUAGGGGGGACGCGAGUUCGGGGACAGAAGUUGUAUGUUAAUCGCCUUCACUUGUGAGCAAAGGUCCACGCCGUCCAAUCCAACAUGCUGAGAGCAGUGUCGAAAUGAGACCAUUUGACAGACCUAGUCGUUCAUAAGUCGACGGUCUCGGCCAUGGAUCUCUCCCAGCGUCCAGCCCAUCUCAGUGAAACCAUCAAAGGUUCCACAUACUUCCACCUCCAUCUUCAGUCAGAUAUUGGACCGGGACCAAGAGCAGAUACAUCAUCAUCUCGUCCCGAAUUAGCCCCCAAGGUCGAAAAUAUGCGGUUGGGUGGUAAGCCAACGCCUGUCUGGAGCGUACUGCCUCCUCAACCUGCGACUUCAUUGAGCCCAACAUCACAUGCAUGAGUCGACGCAUCAACUGAUGAAAGUCAGAGCGGUUCGCAGUCAUGCAAACACGUGCACUCUUGAGAAGCACUUUUGGAAGAUCAACCCUCAGGAGGGAAUGACACCGUCUUGGUCACGAUCACAGUAACGAUAUAUCUUGUAUAUAGUACUAAGCCUUUGGAACAGUAGGACACAUAGAUUCCCGCCGUCGAUUGUUCCUGUGAGCCAGGAUCGCCAACGGCUAGGCUA